AUGCCGGGCUUCCAAAAGAGACAGAUGAUGCAACCAUGGCCCCUAUGCCUGCCGCCCUUCGCGAAAAAAACGAAGGAGCGCAGCGUUCUUUCCAAAUACCCGAGGGUGUCCCCGGUUAUCAGAUCUUCGCCGUCCAGUUCUGGGUCCAACCUAGACUGUUCGUCGAACACUACCCUUGUGACAAGCACCAGUCCCUUCAACAGCCAGACCGCCCUUAUCACCGAGAAGAAACACUUCUCCGGGGACACUGGCAAGGGGUCCAAUCAUUAUUAUGCCGAGAACUUGAGAAACAAUCAUCUAAAGACCUUGAACAGGUCGCGGAUCUACGAUCCGCUCAACAAAAACCAAGACGUCGAUUACAAACAAUUAGAUCCAUUACUACCGAGUGAGCAAAAUUCAAGCAUCAACAUUCUAAUGGAUUCCCAGGACGUGAAACUACCGAAGGACUUGCAGGAACCCAUGCGAUUACCAUCCUCGGAGUUCCAGAAGGUGCCUAAACCAUCAUGGAUACAAUUUUCCACCCAGAUAUUGGCUGCGUUAUCGGUGUCAUUAGGUUCGAUGCAAGUCGGAUAUUCGUCUUCCUACACAUCGCCAGCGCUGGUGUCCAUGCGCGAUAACACCACGGCAGGCUUCGAAGUCACCAAACACAUGAGCAUGUGGGUCGGGUCGCUUAUGCCACUAAGUGCAUUAAUCGGUGGCAUUGCCGGAGGACCACUCAUCGAAUAUAUAGGAAGGAAAAAGACGAUACUUGCCACAGCGUUCCCGUUUAUCGGAUCGUGGCUUUUAAUUGCAAUGGCUCAGAAUAUUCCAAUGGUAUUGGCUGGACGUGCGUUAUGUGGUUUCGCCGUAGGAAUUGCUUCUUUAGCGUUACCUGUAUACUUAGGCGAAACGAUACAGGCAGAAGUGCGCGGUACUCUUGGGUUAAUGCCUACCGUCUUUGGUAAUACCGGAAUAUUACUAUGCUUCGUAGCGGGUAUGUAUCUGGAUUGGAGAAAUUUGGCAUUAAUAGGAGCGACCUUACCGCUACCAUUUUUGAUUUUAAUGUUCGUAAUUCCGGAGACACCAAGAUGGUACAUCUCCAAGGGAAAAACAAAAAUGUCGCGAAAGUCUCUUCAAUGGUUGCGCGGUAAAGAUACAGAUAUAACGGACGAACUGACUAUGAUCGAGAAAAUACAUCAGGAAUACCUCGACAGCGAGCGAAGCGGUUCCCAAAAUGUGAUCUCGGAGUUAUCGAAGAGCAAACAUCUCAGACCCCUUCUCAUUUCUUUGGGAUUGAUGUUAUUCCAACAAAUGUCCGGCAUCAACGCAGUGAUAUUCUAUACGGUGCAGAUUUUCCAGGACGCUGGUAGCACAAUCGACGAGAACAUCUCGACCAUAAUUAUCGGCAUAGUGAAUUUCAUAUCCACCUUCGUCGCCGCAUCCGUGAUAGAUAAGCUGGGCAGGAAGAUGCUGCUGUACAUAAGCGCCGUGUUAAUGGCCCUGACCCUCUUCUCCCUUGGCGGAUUCUUCUACGUGAAAUCAUUGGACGUGGACGUGACGGCCUUCGGCUGGUUGCCUUUGGUCAGUCUGAUCGUGUACGUGAUAGGCUUCUCGCUGGGUUUCGGGCCUAUUCCCUGGCUGAUGAUGGGUGAGAUCCUGCCCGCCCAGAUCCGUGGCUCUGCCGCGAGCAUCGCGACUAGCUUCAAUUGGAUGUGCACCUUUAUUGUGACAAAAACCUUCGAGGAUGUUAUAGGAUUGAUUGGCGCGCACGGUACUUUCUGGAUGUUCGGCAUCAUCGUCGUGGUGGGCUUCGUCUUCGUAAUCAUCAGUGUACCGGAAACUCGCGGCAGGUCACUCGAAGAGAUCGAAAAGAAAUUCACAGGUCCCACUAGAAGAAUGAGCGCGAUCGCCAAUAUGAAACCGACGCCGAUGUCGUGCUAGCUGUUAAACCGAUCGCGGCUUGCAAAGAAGCUCGUUCAAGUAAGAAAUAGGGCGCCUUACAGUGUCGUCCUAAGGGAAAGAUUCCCUUACAGGUGUGCUUUCCCUUAAAGGGAAGUCAGGUUCAAAAGUUAUACUUUUAUCUUUUGUGUAGAGAGAAAGCGUAUCUAUUUUUCUCCCUUGGCGUUCUUGCUCUUUCCAAGAUCUUCGACUUACUGUCGCAAGGUCUACUUGUUAUAGCAUAGUUUGAGCGAGAGCGACUCGGAGAUAACCGAUAACCGAUAACGAAACUCGAUCAUAGAUCUGAAUAGCAUGUAGAAACACACGGACAAAAACGCUUUUCAUAAGAUUCAUAUCUCUUUGAACGAAAUGAAGAAGCAAUUGGGUAAAAAGUUCUAUUAAGAUUAAAAAAUUUUGCGUAAUAACAGUCUCUUAAAAGCGCGAGAACAUCAAUCUUGAAAAAGUUGGCUAAAAUAAUUCCUCGACUGUACUUCCAAUUCAUAAUUUAAUAAUAUAACAAAAAUUAUAUUGUCUUCGUUCAUUCGCUUCUUCAAUUAGCCUCGUAAAACUCCGACAGAUUUCGCUUUGACUUUACUUACGUUUAAUACGUGGCUCGGAGCUUAGUGCCAACCUUGAGAAUUGCGAGGCCAGUUAAAUAAGCUUCGUGGGAUAUAAACGCGUUAUGCUUUCCCAUCGGGGAAAUGGCGCGAUAUGUGACUAUCAGCUGUUGACUAGGUGUAUAGUUGAAUUGUUUUUAUUACUCCCGACAGUCCUGCAGGGUCUACCUCAAGUUGAUACUGCUCUAUUAGAGUAUAACAGAUAAUACUGUCGUUAGAAAUGUACGCGUAGGUUAACGUUAGUCGCACGCGCGCGUUCCUUUUUUUAUAGCGCAAUUUGUGUGGGGCUGUGGUACCGCAUAGUUCUGUGCGAUACAAUUAAUCACCACGUGCACCUUGAAUUUGAAAAGCGUAAUAUGUAUGUACUUAUAUAUAUAUAUGUAUAUAUAUAUCUAUAUCUUAUAUAUUGACCAAGAAAUCGGUCUUUCGAACAGAGGCGAAUUUCCCUCGCGACAAUAAAUUUUAAGAUCAAUCACAUUCUCAUUAUAUUAAUUAUAAACUGUAAAUAUCAAAGAUCUGCGCCGUAGUGAUAUUAUAUAUCCUGCAUCUGGAAAUUAUUGUUGUUAACUUCAAUCAUAGCGAGAUAAUUAUUUUUCUAUCACUUCUCCUCCUUUUAAAAUAAAAUUUGAAAGGGACAGAAAAAAAAACUGCGAUUGAACUACAAUUGUAACUAAUCAACAUCAAAAAAUUGAUUGUAAAUGAUAAAUCAUAAGGGACGGUAUAAUUCUAACAAUCUAUGUGAUCGCGCAUUAGCGCAAUCUUCAAAUUAAACAAAUGAUGGUUGGAUCGGACGGUUGUAGUCAAUGUAGAAUGUGAUUUUAAAUAUACGUACGAGACGAUAAUUUAAGCGUUACGAUAUAUAACAGAUAUAUAUUUUUAUUAUCUGAAGCGAGGGAUUAUACAAAGCUAGCGUAGGAAAAAGAGCGUAGUCAUAAAGCCGAGAUGAAUUCUAAGAGAUUACGUAAAAAUAAGUGCUAAGAGGAGAGCCUCAGACAAAUGUAAAAAAAUAGUCGUAUCGCCUAUGUUCGAAAGUUAAAGUAAAACUGCGUCGGACACCUGGCGAAGUGUUCCCGGUCACUUAAUAGAGAACAAUUCGCUGACAAAUUGUUGUGUGAGAGAUAUUAUUAUAAAAGAAUUAUUUGUACAUUACUUAAAUUAUUAAUAUAUAUUUAUAUAUAUUUUUUAUAUAUCAGCAAUUUAUCGCUUGAGAUUAUACGGAGAAUUAUAUAUGUACAAAAAACUACUGUACAUAAUUUUUACAGUAAAAAAAUUAAAUUAAAAUAAAUUACAAUAAAUUAAUUUUGAAAAAUUUAAAUAAAAAUUAGUUUUAGGAUGUUUAUUUUUUAGAAAUAUAUUUAUAGACGAUAUUUAGAAAAACAAUUUAAAGCGUUUAAAGAACAUCGGCAUUGUAUUUUGCGAGGUUUUUUUAAACAUUUGCAUUGUUUGUAUAAAAUGAAACAUUUAAUAAGUUGUGUCUUCAACAUUAAUAUGUAAAUUAUAGCUUUAUUGUUUAUUACAAAUCAUUGCAUGCGACCGGGUGCAAUCACAGCGUGUUUGACACAGUGUGAACUAAAUGCAUAUCAUAACUGAUAACUGACGAACACGUUAGAAACCGUUAAAAUCGCGAAUAUUCAUUUUUGUAAGUUUAUCAGAGUGUGUUUGUAAUUACGUACGUUUGAGAAGCAUUCCAUUAACAGUGAAUCUCGUUUUUAUACAAAUCUACGACGUGUAAGAAAACGUCAUACGUUUCUCGCAAUUUCUUUUCUCGCUCGCAUGUUAAACAUUGUCGUGGUAAACAUUGUUUACAGCGCGCGAAUUCGUUUUAACCAAGGUUUUAUUUUAACAUCGCGUAAAAGUAUCGAACAAAAUCCACAACAAAAGUCUCAUUUGUGAAAAUGUCGCUCCAAUAAAAGAUUCAUUCCUUUGCAAGUGCGCAAAGUGUUUAAUGUACGUCUCACUCUCCAAUAUCAUAUAAAGCAAUAAGUGAACACAAUAUCUUGUUUUAUAUGAGAAUUGAGUACGUUACUCUCUUUCGUAGUACAACGACCAAUCAUGGCAUUUCUUUGUUUCUCAUAUUUACUGUUUAUAUUUGUUGCUAUUAUAGUAAGUAAUAUUCGCUGCUUAUUCAUAAGCUAUUUGCCAAAGCACAAUGAAGAGAGCGGAAUAUUUUUGAUAAUUUAAUACUCAUGUUAAGUUUACGAGUCUGUAAGUUAUUACGUCGUAUAAUUUUUAGAUUCAAAUAAAAUGAUAAAUUUAUGUAAAA